AUGACGGAAGAUAUUUUACAUCGAAUACGCACCUUAAAUAAUAAUGCUCAAUUGAAUUAUACAGAGGAAAUGUAUAAUGAGGCAUUGAUAUUGACUGAGGAUAUGUGUUUAGGAAUGGCGAGUAAAGCUUUGGCUCAGUUAGGUAUGCCAUCACCCAAUCGUUCAAGAAAUGAUAUUUUUAAUCAAGAUUUGCUUCGAGAACAGAAUUACGAUCCAAAUGUGCUGACAAAUUAUGUUCAAGAAAAUAUUCCUAAAUUAAAUCAACAGCAAAAAUUAGCUUAUGAAAAAAUUAUGCAAGAAAUUGAUAAUGGUAAUGGUGGAAUGUACUUUUUGGAUGCACCUGGUGGUACUGGCAAAACUUUUUUGAUAACUUUAAUUUUAGCAACUGUACGAGCACGUGGUAGAAUUGCUUUGGCACUUGCAUCUUCUGGAAUUGCAGCCACUUUAUUGGAUGGUGGUAGGACAGCACAUUCAGCGCUAAAAUUGCCUUUGAAUAUGACGAUAAAUGAAGCACCAUCAUGCAAUUUAUCAAAAACCUCUGGCAUGGCUAGAGUUUUGAAACAAUUUGAUAUUUUGUUGUGGGAUGAAUGCACAAUGGCACACAAGAAAUCAAUUGAAGCUUUGGAUCGAACAAUGAGAGAUUUCCGUGGAAAUCAAAAUAUAUUUGGUGGUGCUUUAAUAUUGUUAGCAGGAGACUUUAGACAAACACUACCUGUUAUCUCAAAAUCAACACCAGCUGAUGAAAUAAAUGCGUGUUUGAAGCUAUCAAAUCUAUGGAGAUACGUUAAAACGUUAAGACUCACCACCAAUGUUCGUGUGCAAUUGCAAAAUGAUCAAUCAGCUGUAACAUUUUCAAAGCAAUUGCUUUUAAUGGGUGAUGGUAAAAUGCCAAUUGAUAAUGAUGGUUUCAUUACAAUUCCGAGAGAUUUUUGCAUAUUCACACAAUCAAAAGAAGAACUAAUUGAAAAAGUCUUCCCAAAUAUACAAGAGCAAUACAAAAAUCAUGCUUGGUUGAGUGAAAGAGCUAUAUUGGCAGGAAAAAAUAAGGAUGUCAAUGUUUUGAAUUUCAUCAUUCAAUCUCAAAUAGAUGGUGAAUUGAUCACAUAUAAAUCUGUUGAUACUGUGAAGAAUCAAGAAGACGUAGUACAUUACCCAACUGAAUUUUUGAAUUCUCUUGAUUUGCCUGGAAUGCCACCGCAUAAUUUACAAUUGAAAAUCGGAUCUACAAUCAUUAUGCUUCGCGUGCAUCCGGGCCCCCCGACCUUGUCCCCGCGGUUUAUGGCUACGGCUAGCGUGCCUUCGUUCAUCAGCAACGGCAACGGUCGGACCGACGUUCGAGUCUCCGACCGAUCCAUUGUCACCAAAUUCAUACAAAAUCAGAAACCCUAA